AACAUGGAAUUCACAACAGGAAUAUUUCUAGACCUUACUAAAGCAUACGAUAGCGUGGGACAUGAAUUACUGUUAAGAAAGUUGGAAGAAUAUGGAAUAAGAGGCAAGGCACUGCAGUGGAUAAGAUCGUACCUCACUGGAAGGACACAAAAGGUAGAAAUAACAAAAGAAGGGAAAAAUUAUAACUCAGAACUCAUGCUAAUGGAAGAAAUAGGCGUUGUACAAGAUGACACCAAUAUCUUGCUGAAGUCGGUAGAAGUUAACCUUUUGACAGACCUAAUGGAAAGAUGCAUGCAAAACAUUAAAGAGUGGAUAGCAGGAAAUGGACUAAUUUUAAAUGAAGACAAGACCAAUGUUAUAUAUUUCAAGACAUCCAGAUCGAGGCAACAAACACCAACAACAGUGACAAUCGACAACAAGGAAAUCAAAACAGCCAAACAAGUAAAAUUUCUUGGACUUAUGCUAGAUGAACAUCUUAACUGGGAAUCACACAUCGACAUGAUUACUGGAAAACUAAAUAGUGCAGAUGAGAAUGUACAAAAAUUGAAUGAUGUUUACACUCUUCCUGACAUGGAUCUUCCUGUUAAAUCUGUGAAUGCAAAGAAAUUAAAAGAAGAGUGGAAACAUCUUAGGAACGUUGAUUUUGCUGAUUAUUCAAAUGUGAAACCUCAACUCCCCAUAGGUCAAGAUAACUGA